AUGUCGACGUGGAAUAAGCAUUAUCACUGGAAGACCAAGGGCUGCACGCCUUGGACAAAAAACUACUUCACCGAGCGCCUUGUAGGCAAGAGCAUUUCCGUGGAUGGCGUCAAAGACGGCGUCGUGAAGGUAGACAGCAUGACAGACUUUGACGGCGACGUCGAGCUCGGCAACCGUAAAGGCAAGCUGAUCACCAUCUAUGACGUUGCCGUAACCCUGGAAUGGCUGGGCGAAGGUGCGGAUGGAAACGUGGCGCGCGGCAUCAUAAAGUUUCCCGAAGUCUCGCACGAGAACGAAGAUUCCCAGGAAAACUAUGUGUUCGAGACGGAACUCACCUCCGAGUCCACUGAUAAUGCGCGUAAAAUGUAUGAUACCGUGCGGAAAAAACUAGUGCCUGCACUAGAGGCCGUCUUCCACGGGUUUCGCGCAGACCUGAUUGAAACCCACGCCAAGGAUCUGGGGCACGACGACGCAAACACGCCGGACGAAAAGCAUGAGGCGCCGGUAGUGGACGCAGCACCCGUCGCAGUACGCAGCACGCCAAAGAGCACAGGCAAAGUCUCGUCGAGCGCCACGCAAGUGCGUGUCUCGAGCAAUCUCGCGAUCGCACAAUCCGAUUUGUGGGAUUUGCUCACCAAUCCUCUUCGGAUCCCCAUGUGGACAAAAGCGCCUGCGCAGUACUCGCUGAACACUGGUGCCAACUACUCUCUGUUUGGUGGGAAUAUCACGGGGUCUAUUCAGCAAGUAGAUUCCCCGCGCAAGCUUGUGCAGACAUGGCGUGUGCCGCAGUGGCCACCGGACCACUUUGGCCAGCUUACCACGCUAUUGACCCAAGGCGACGAUAGCACGAAGCUCGAGUUUGUGCUCAGCGGAGUGCCUGUGGGCGAAGAGGAUGCCACGCAGUCCGGACUGGAAUCGUUCUACAUGCGGGGGCUCAAAUCGAUUGGCUUGGGCACGAUGUUGUAG